CUAUCGAUAUAUCGGUGAACAAAAAUUCAUAUUUAUUAUAAAUAUAUAGUGCUAUGAUCCGAUAACAUCGGCUGAACAGUUAUAGAACAGUUUUGGAAAAUACCCACGCGGUUCGGCGGGAUAUUAGAUCCCACCACUAGAUGCUACGCUUCGUGUCACGACUGUCACGCGACCAGUCACUAACACCAGACGAAACCACCUCCAAUGACCUACGAUUUGUGCAAAAAAUUAUUAUAAUAGAAUUCGCCCUGAUGUUCAAUGGCGGAUUUCCGCCCUGGCGCCUACAACUACAAGACACUACUAUGCAAAAAUAUACCAGAUCUAUUUCUUGACAAGUUUGUGGCGCGGUCCCACUUCGGGCGCUUCGGAACCCUCGUUAACUUCGUCCUGCGACCCCGCCGGAUGACCUGCACGGUAAGCUAUGCCACGGAGGCGGAGGCGGAGAGGGCUCUGCUAGAGGGCGGCUCAUUCAACGGCCGCCAGUUCGACAUAUCCUAUGCGGAGAACGAGAAUUCUCCCGCCCAAAAGACGGAGGAGUGGGUGGACCCCGAUGUUCAGGCGGAGCUCAGUGCCCUCAGUGCACCAUGGAGGAGCGACUAUCCGGCGGGAAAAACCACCAAGAAGACUUCGUCUUCACAAUCCCAUUCCUCCUCACAUUCUUCGGCCUCGACUUCCAAGAUGCCGUCAGGAGGAGGAGGAACAUCCACCAGCAGAGACCGCCCGCACACACAACACGAAAAGGAGCUGGAGUCGCUGCUCCGACGUCCCGCCCACACGGCCGAGGAAAGGUAUCGCGUUUUGGAUGCCCGUGACAAGCUUCUCCGCCUUAACCAAGCCCACAAGCGCUCCAAGAACCGACACAACUCCAGCACUGCCACCGAGGGCUACUGCCCGGACAUGUGCCCUGAGAAGGAACGGGCCCUGCGCGAGUUCCAGCGCCAGGUGGCCGUCUAUGAGCUUCAGACCAACUCCGACGAGCUCAUCUGCCACGAACGGGCCCUGAAGCAAUAUUCCCGCAGCAGCGCCGACCAGGAGACGCCCCUGGCACAUGAACUGCGUGGCGAGCCCGCUCUCCACAUGACCAUGAGCUACCUGAUGCACGAGAUCAUGGAUAUAAGCGACAACCCCGAGCUGAAUCUGGGCGAUUGGUUCCACUUUGUGUGGGAUCGCACACGCUCCAUCCGAAAGGAGAUCACCCAGCAGGAACUGUGCUCCCUGGGCGUUGUGAAGCUGGUAGAGCAGUGCGCCCGCUUCCACAUCCACUGCGCCGCCCGGCUGGUCGCCGCGGAUCCCAGCGUCUUCGAUUCAAAGAUCAAUGCGGAGAAUCUCACCAAGUGCCUGCAGACCCUGAAGUACAUGUACCACGAUCUGCGACUGAAGGGCGUGCAGUGCCCCCGGGAGGCGGAGUUCCGCGGCUACAUCGUCCUGCUCAACCUGGCGGACGCCAACUUCCUCUGGGACAUUGGCCAGCUGCCGGCCGAGCUGCAGAGUUGCCGGGAGGUGCGUCAGGCCAUUCAGUUCUACCUCGCCCUGCAGGACACGAACAUUGUCCGCUUCUUCAAGCUGCUGCGGGACAAGGAGACUAGCUACCUGAGUGCCUGCAUCCUGGUCACGUACUUCACCCGUCUGCGCGUCCUGGCCCUGCAGCGACUGAUCAUGGCCUACAGGGCUCCCCGGAAGAACGAGGUCUCUUCGCUGCCGCUCAUCUAUGUCUCCCAGAUGCUGGGCUGCAGCGAUCCCGAGGAGGCGGCGGAGUUCGUGGAGCACUACGGCCUGAAAGUGAACAGUGCCGGCCGCGUCGCCCUCACCCGCAUGCACACCGUGGAGUCGGAGUACAAGUUGCAGCGCCAGAUAGAGUUGGUGGAGUCCAAGCGCCAGCUCUCCGUGGGAGAGUGCAUCUGCGGGGAGCCCCUGCCUCCGAAAUCCCUCUACCUGAACCACCGACCCCACAACAGCUUUAACGAGCACGGAGUCCUCAAGAGCGUGGCCUGGGCGGCCAAGGAUCAGCUGCCCGGCAUGCACGCCCAGAUAGAGGUUCCACCAUCCCGCCGUUCUCCCCCUCCAUCUCUGCCGACGCAGUCCUUCCACAGGCCGCCCAACGCCGACAGCUUCUUCAAAGUGCCGAUGGCAGCUCCUGCAGCGCCCGGAGCAGUGCCCUCCACGAUGUUCCGCUUCGUGUUGCCGCAGCCCACGCGCCAGGCUCAGCAGGAGCGCGCUGCCUUCGAGGACCAGCAGCGACAGGCGGAGCGCCGUAGGGUUGCCGAGCUGGAGGCCCGCCAGAGAGCCGAGGCGGAUGCGCAGCGGGAGCGGGAUCGCCAGGAGAAGAUGCGGCAGCUGCAGGAGGCCGAGGAGCUCAACCGUCGCCAGCAGGAGCUGCAGAGACAGCUGAAGGAGCAGCAGGAGCUGGAGAAGCAGCGCCGGCUAGAGCUGGCCAGGAUCAAGGCGGAGAAGGAGGAGCAGCUGCGGCAGGAGAGGCUGCGGCAAGAGAGGGAGCAGCGGGAGAAGGAGCAGCGCGAGAAGGAGCUGCGAGAGAUGCAGCUGAGGAGGGAGAAGCGCCAAACGGAGCUGACCUUCCAGUACUACGACGAGCUGCUCAAAGGCGACAUCGAGAAGGUGUGUCGCCAGGAGCUGAGCCUGCAAAAGGCGGUGAAUAGCUGCUACCUGGACCUGGUGGACAGCCUCAUUGCCGAGAUGGCGGAGAAGGAGCGCCAGCAGUCCAUCUACGAACUGGGUCUGAUGCGGCUCUACUGGCGUCGCUGGCGCAACUACCGCGGCAUCCAGCAGCAGAAGGAUGUCCUCUUCAACCAGCUGCCCCUGAGCUUCGCGGCGGAGAACCCGCUGCGCCUGAUCGAUGGGCGCCAAGUGGAGGAGUCCCUGCGCCUGAUCCGGCGCUACCGACAGGGCGAGGCCUGCGACUACAAGAAGCUUCUGGCCGGCCUCGAGGAGAACAGCUGGCUGAAGCUGGACCUGUGGCGCGUCCUCGACCAGUGCCUGCCCGCCAAGCUGCCCGGCGCCCGGCGAUUCUACAAGCUCAUCCUGAUGCUGCCCGCCGGAGACAAUGGCCUCCAGCUGAACUAUGACCUGGACCGAGGACUGCUGCAGCAGCCCCAGGCGCCGGAUGCCCGCCUGGAGCCUGGCGGCUACAUCCGUGGACUGGCCCAGAACGUGGCCCUGAGCGUGGUGAAGGUCAGGGGCGACUGGAACCAGCAGGAUCUCCUCCAGGCCGAUGGCAUCGUUUGCCUGACUGGAGCUUCGCACUUCCCCCAACUGGGCCAGCGCCUGCAGCAGCUCGUCCGGGCCAGUGGCUGCCCGGAUGUGGCCCUGAUCCUGCAAUAUCCGUCACAUUCCCAUGUGGAUCAGCCCCAGCCGCCGCUGGAGCAGAUGGGCCUGCGCCACUGGAGGAUCUUCCCACUGAGACACUCCGGAAACAACCGGCAGCGCUUGCUGUCCCACGUCCGAAGUGCCGUCGAGUUCCUGGCCGGGACUAGAAGUGUCCUGGACCUUCGGCAGGUGGAACUGCGCGAGUUCCUGAUCGAGAGCCUCGGACAGGAGCUCUUCCGCCAGCUGAAGUACGCCGCCGACAGGGACGCGACCAUCCGGAAGGGCAGUCGGGAAAGCCCCCAGUACUGCGUGGAGCUCUACAACGAGGCAGUGCAUCGCCUGCAGCUGGUGGUGGGCGAGGACUUGAGCACCGCCUCUCGACUGCCCGAGGAGCUGCGCGUCUUCGUGGAGCCGAUGUCGGGCAUCGUUACCUUGGACACCAACCGGAUGGAGUACUUUGAACCGGGAUGGGAGAGACCCGAGCGCCGCCGGAGGAUUGUGGAUCUGAUGGAGCGCAGCAAGCUGCCCACGAUGAAGCCCCUGCCCCCACGGGAGGAGGAGCAGUGCCAGUGGGUCCUGGACUACGCCCAGCAGUCGCAGCAGGAGGAGCUGGUGGAGCCCAUAUCCCUGCAGGCCAUCAAGUUUCUGGAGCGCUCCCGGCAGGACUACCUCGGCCUGGUGGAGAUCUUCGCCGGCGAGAGGCUGCAGUACGUGCUGCGCCAGGAACUGGAACUGCCCCAGGGACUGGUCUACAAGGUGGCCAGCCUGAAGCAGCGCUUCCUCACCGCCUGGUACUACGAGUUCCAGGCGCCCGACUACAAGGAGAGCGUGAGGGAGCUGGUGGAGGAGUCGGCCAAAGAGCAGGAGCAGCUGGAGCAGGAGGAGGCGAUGGCGAUGGCGGAGGAGGAACUGGAUUUCCAGACGAUCAUCAGCCGGGCGGAGGCCAUCCUGGAGCGGUGCCAGAAGCGUCGCAUCCUGGCGGAGCUGAACAGCCCCAAGGACGCCGCGAAAAAGAAGCCGGACAGAGACGCCGCCCGCCCGGAUCCGGAGAGCAAGGCCAAGCGCCAGCGCCUGCACAAGUCCUUGCUGGACUGCCAUGGCUCUGGAACGGACAGCUGUCAAGGGGAGCUGGUGCCGGACGAUCCGUUCGAGGCUCAGUUUACUCUACAGCUCCGAGGCGAAAGCAUCCACUUUUCCAAAACUAUUUGUGUUUCCCGUUUUUUCUAUUUUGUUUUUACGAUUUUUAUCAAUUUUAAACCGUUUCGAAAAAAUUGCCUGGAAAAAAUGCACAGCCUAGUUGCACAAACGGAAAAACAUAUGCGGCCCAAGCAAGCUGGGCGCCUGUUCUCAGUUCUCCGUCACACCUGCACCGCUGCCCUAAACAUGUCCCUAGCCGCCGGCAGCAGCCGCAACGCGGCCGGGACCCUCCGGGAGCUGGCCAACCUCCUCUCCGGCCAACAAGCGAACGGGACGUGGCCCCGGCACAUGGCCAGUCUGGUGAGUCGCCCGGGCUUUCAGGAGGGCCUGUGGCAUCCCUACGUCAGCUUCAAUACGCGCCUCGAGCGCAAGCUAUCCGUGGCGAUCCUGAAGCGACGCUCCAGCAUGAGAUUCCUCAACCCCAAGCCGGACACGAAGCGUCCAUUGAACAGCCGGCUGCCCAUCACCUGCCGGCACGCCCCGAAGACCAUACAGGCCCGCCAAUGGCACCACUGGAGGAACACGGCAUUGCGACCCCUGCUUCUGCCCUCUUCGAAUAUCUGGACAGGCUUUCUAUCCAACCGCUGCUAUGGAGCGAGACGGCGAUCGGUGCCCCAACUGGAGCUUACCGAAGCCGAGGCCGAGCACGGAGAGUUGAUUGUGGAACGAUAUCGGUCCAAUUCCAAGCUGGGGGAGGUGCCCCGCCGGGGCUACCGCAUCGAGGAGGAGGAGGAGGAGCCCAACGACAACUAUCCCAACCAGCAGCAGGUGCUGCAGCUGAUGAAGCCCGAGAUGGCGACCAAGUGGGUGCCAGUCAAGGACGAAACCCAGCCAUGUAAUCUACUGGACAACCUGAAGGCCGGCCGGAGCGGACGAACCAUGGCCCAGUCCACCGUGCGCCGGGAGCUGCGCCGUCAUCACCGGUACUCGCACCGCGGUGUCUCCAAUCCGAUACCGAUCUCCGAGAUGGAGGAGUAUCGCCGGGCCGACGAACACCUGCCAGUGCCGGUCUUCAUGGGCGAGCCCAUCGAGCAGGAGCACCUGCAGAUCAACAGCAGCAGCGCCAGCGCCCAGAUGGUGCCGCGGCACUCCGACGACGAGGAUGAGGAGGACGAGAACGGACGUCAGUCCCCGCUGGUAUGGGGCGAGAUGAAGAAGAUGUCGCCCUGGGGUGGGCUGGCGCGCGUGGCGAAGCGUUUGGCGUCCCGGAAGAAGCCGAGCCUCCUGCCGACCAUUAAGGCGGCCAAGUCGAACCUGCUGCUGGCCGAGGAGCAUGGCCGGAGUCGCCACCCGAGGCAGCAGAGCGCCAGCGUGGACAGUCUGGAGGCGGCGGAAGAAGAGGAGGAGAGUCGUCCAGCGAAGCCGCGCCCCCCGCAGCUAUCGCUGAAGAGAUCCACCGCCAAGGAGCCAAAGGUGCGGAAUCGGUCAGGAGAGGUUGGAGGCGUGGCGGCCACCAACCCGGCCAAGGACAGCAAUGAGCAGGUGCCCCGCGAGCAACCCGCGGAGCGAGCAUUGCUUAAGCAACAUCUAGCCGACCUGCUACCUGUGUCAGAGCCCCACGCCUCCUUCCGGAUCGAGUACCAGCCCAACGCCCCCACCCGCCAACUCCUCGAGCAGGGCCGGUGCCAUGUCUCGCUCCACCGUGAGCCGACCAGCCUGGGACCGGUGCGUCCCUACUCGACCGUCCAGGGCCCCGACCUGGAGAGGAGCACCUCCGUCGGCCUCGAUCCCCUCGGCCUCGCCCUCAUGAGUCCCCGAUGUCCCGGCGAAGUGGUGCCGCUGCAUCACAUGGACGGCGCCAAGCGGCCCCGUGCCGUCAAGGUCGUGAAGAAGCCAUCGAUGCUGACCCUCCUGCGCCGGGAGGCCUCCAAGCUGGCCGCCAAGACGGGCCUCAAACGCACCAGCUCCUCGCCGCGCGGACCCGAGGAAGAGACGUACUCGAACCACAGACAAGCCCGGGAGCACCACUCGCCACGGCCCAAGGGUCGGGUGCGCUCCAAGCUGCCGGCCAAGGAGGUGGUCGCCCUGGGCGAGCUGCAGAAGGCGAAGCUGAGGCGAUCGCCCACCGAGUCCUUCCGCCACGUGGAGACCUCGUAUCGGGCCACUGUCACCGACUGUCCCAAUCCGUUCAAGGACCUGGAGGCGCCCAGGAUCAUGGAGAAGGCGGUGGCCACCAGCUCCAAGCAGGCGAACCAGGCCAGGAAGUACAAGUGCAGCAAGUUGAUAACCAGGAUUCCUGUGUAUAGCCGCAAGGAGUCGGUGUAUGGACGUGGGCGUGUGGCGCCCAAGCCGGAGCCAGCCUCCAAGAAGUCGCACAAGGUUCGGCCGCCCAGGCUGCCAGUGGUGAGUUCUAAAGUCCAGACACCCGAUCCCAAGGACCCCGAAAAGUACGUCCAGAUGGAGGCGAGCCGGAAAUUCGAGGGCAGCCGGAAACUGCCGCCGGUCAGCAGGAAGGCUGCCAUGCUGCCGCCACCAGUGCCGUGCCUGGAACCGCCCCCAGCCCUGGCCAUGGGCAUGACCAAGGAGAAGCUGGACUGGGCGCGCUCCCAGCGGGCCUACUCCGAGCGUAGGUGGCGCUACUAGAGAGCGGACUUGGACUUGUGACUUGGGACUUGGAGGGUAGAACUCCAAGGACCCUGGUCCCAACCCCCCCACACCCCGCAACUGCCAUGGAAUUCCAAAUUGAGGAGUGAACACGACAAGCACAGACAUGCACAGACAGGCAUGCCAGGACAUGCUUCACUACCACUACCACUAGACUACCACUACCUAGACUACCGACUGAACCUACAACUACAACUACAACUACAGCUCACUAACCACUACAACAACUGCAACUACAACUACAACUACCACUAGAACACCGUAUAUCCCGUUAUUCUUUGGACCUAACCUAUGGAGUUUAGCCCGGAGUAUGGAAAUCUUGGAACACUACUACUACUACUAUCCCCGCAAAAGACGCCAUAGACCCCCACCCCCACCCCCCCAACAAUGCAAUGUAAUCUCUUGGAAAGAUUAGGAAAAUUCUAAAGUCAA